AUGGGCAAGAAACCGUCAGCGUCGAACGCAGGUGCCGGAAACGAGGAGAUGCACGCGGCGGCGCGAUCCGGAGUUCUGGCGGCGGUGCAAGCCGCAUACGGCGCCAAUCCUCUCGCCGUCAACUCGCGUGACAGGCACUCCCGAACACCACUGCAUCUAGCAGCGUGGUCCGGGCACGCCGAGAUCGUGAGCUAUCUGUGUAAGAACAAGGCUGAUGUUGGUGCAGCUGCCAUGGACGACAUGGGAGCCAUUCACUUUGCGGCCCAAAAGGGUCAUCUCGAAGUCGUGAAGAUUCUAUUAUCUUCCGGAGUCUCCAUCAAGUCCUGCAACCGCAAGGGUAUGACGGCCCUUCACUAUGCCGCCCAAGGGUCCCACAUCGAGCUCGUGAAGUACCUGCUGAAAAAGGGAGCCAACAGGGACUCUAGGAACAAGGCUGGAAAAAGCGCGGUUGACCUCUCGGGCAGCAUGGAAGUUCGAAAAUUGAUGCUCGAGUACGAACAUUCAUCCGGGAAAGGUGAUGAAAAGGGCAAAAAAGGAAGGGAUGGAAAUGAUGAAGUUGAAGAGGGUGAGGUUCUGAAGAGGAAAAGCGAAGAGGAAAUAGAAGGAAAGCAGACGGGGGCUAAGAAGUCGAAGGUGGCUCUCGGGCAUCUGCUGGCUGAGGAUGAUGAUGAUGCGCAGGAAGAGGAAGAAGGUUAG